AAGUACACGAAGACGUUGAAGGAAGUUAUUCAAAAAAUCCCUCGUCUUCUUCUUUUAUUUGCGGAUGUUAGGAAGGAUAAUGACAUGAAAAAGGAUAUUAGAAAUGACAACAAUUCUUCACGGAAUCGUAAGAGAAAAUUAGAUCUUCGUCAAGGUUCAGUUUUUCAAAGAGAAUUAGAUGUAAUAAAGAAGGAAGAAGAAUCAGAGCCCAUGAAAAAAAUUAUAAAGAAAGAAAAACACGCCAGUAAAAGGGGAAAGAAAAGAACCUCGAAGAUAAUAUCGAGUACUUGUUUAUAUCUGGAACAGCAACAGAAAAGUGUCCACAAAGAUGAAAAAUGUCAAAGGCUAACUGAUACUCUUGAAAGAACACCGACGGAUAAAGAGCUUGCCUCAAUCAGCGAAUAUAUUGGAAAAAAUUUCAUGUUACUGGGAAUUCGGCUGGGACUGGACAACAUCAAAAUCCAACAAAUAAUGAUGAGUUACCAGGCAUAUGGUGUGGAGUCCCAAAUUUUCCAAAUGCUCUACGCUUGGAAAAGGAAGGAGGGGAGAGAAGCCAGUGUGGAGAAGCUCCUAGAUGCCAUUGAAGCCACCACAGAUGUCGAUGUUGAGAAAUCAAAAAGAGUUUUCAAGCUCUCAUUUGGAUCAAUUGUGGACACCUGACGUUGUCACUAAAAUGAAUUAUUUUUUAUAUUAUAAUUGUAAGAUUAUUUUCGAAAUUUUCAUUGGCUGAAAGAACGUCACGUGAAA